CCCCCCCCUUCUCCCGCACGCGACCGCGCGCACGCUCGCGCACCCGGGGAAACAGCCUGAGUCGCUGCGUCUCCGCCAUUCGGGAAAGGAGCCGCGCGCGCGCAGCAGGGGCUCGCGGACCCAGUCUGGGAGGCCGCCGCCGCCGCUGCCGCUGCGUGGCCUCCGGUCCGCGAGGAACGGACUGUCCCGGUCCCACCCCCCUGGCCCGGCUCUCCCCGCACACCACGUGCCCGCCGCUCCCCCUCCCCCUCUGCCCUGCACGGUCAAUCCCUCAACAUUCAUGUUUGCUUCUCUAUGCAAGAUGAAAGCCAGCUUAACUGUGGCUUAGCUUAAAAAGCCAUGUUGGAUAUCUGGUCUUUGAAUACUAGUUUUGAAGCAUCUGGGAAGAAUGAAGACAUAAAAGUAUUUUUCCAAAAUUUUGGAUAAUGCCAGGGAGAGCUACAAAAAUUUAAGGGGAGAUGUGGGGAAAAGGAUUAAUACUCUGAAGAAAACUCUUACCAGUUCUCUCAGCAAUAUUGACGUGAUUUCAGAGGACCUGUGCAAGUUCUAACAGAUUUUUUAAAAAUGGAAGUAUUCCCAGAACUUCGUAAACAACCAGAACGUUUGGAAUGUGAUCACUGCAGUUUCAAAGGCACAGAUUAUGAAAAUGUACAAAUUCAUAUGGGUACCAUCCAUCCAGAGUAUUGUGAUGAAAUGGAUGCUGGUGGAUUAGGUAAAAUGAUAUUUUACCAGAAAACUGCAAAGUUGUUUCACUGCCAUAAAUGUUUCUUUACCAGCAAAAUGUACUGCAAUGUGUACUAUCACAUUACAUCCCAACAUUCAGUAAAAGAUAAGUGGGAUGAUAAACAGAAAAAACAGUUGGAUAAGGAGACAGAAGCUGUGAAAACCCCUCUCUUCCCUGAGUCCCAGAAAAUGUCUAAUUCAUCUGAAAUUCAGAAAUCCAUGCCUGUUUUUUCAACAGAGUCACAGAAACCUACUUUUACUCAAUCUUCAGAAUCACCUCACACUACUCCUGCUAGUUCUCCAGAGCUCCAGAAAUCUACUUCUGGAGAGUCACAGAAACUUUCUGUUGGCUCUGACUCUCAAAAACCUGUCCUUUCUGAAUCUCAGAAAUCUUCUCCUGUUCCUUCUCCAGAAUCCCCAGAACUUGUCCCUUCUUUGGAACUACAGAAACUUACUUCUUUGUCUCCCGAGCCACAGAAGUCUCCUGUUGCUAAUCCCUUGGCCCAGAAGCUCUCUCAUUUUACAGAGACAUUGAGAACUCCUUUGUCAACUUCUCCCGAACCACAAGAACCAGUUCUAGCUUCUUCUCCUGAGCCUUGGGGAUCAUCUCCAAGUUCAUCUCCUGAAUCCCAGAAACCAGCUCUGACUGAAUCUCCUGAACCUAGGAGGCCGUCACCAGCUGUUUCUCCCGAGUCUUGGAAACCAUCACCUGCUGUGUCCCCUGAACCAAGAAGGCCAGCUCCAGCAGUAUCGCCAGGUCCUUGGAAACCUGUGGUAUCUACGUCCCCUAGACCUUGGAAACCUCCUCCUUCUGCAUCACCUGGACCAUGGAAGCCUACUAAUAAGCCUGCUCCUUCUGUGUCUCCUGGACCUUGGAAACCUUUACCUCUGUCACCUGGACCUUGGAAGCCAAGUCAACCUAUGUCACCUGGAUCCUGGAAGCCUUUACCUGUAUCACCUGGUUCAUGGAAAUCUACCACAUCUGAGGCCUGGAAGCCUGGACCCCCAGAACUUCGAAAGACAUCUCCUAUGUCACCUGAACUCUGGAAACCAGGUCCUUCUUCCCCAGAGACUCGCAAAACUGGUCCCCCAUUGUCCCCUGAGCCUCGUAAACUAAGUCCCUCAUCCCCAGAAGCUCGUAAACCAGCUUCUUCAUCCCCUGAGGCCCGGAAGAUUGGUCCCUCAUUAUCCCCAGAGUCUCGGAAGGCAGGUCCUCCGCUGUCACCUGAACUCCGUUUGCCAGGUCCCCCAUUGUCUCCUGAAUCCCGUAAAUCAGGUCCUCCAUUGUCCCCUGAACUUCGUAAAAUAAGUCCCUCAUUGUCCCCUGAAGCUCGAAAAACAGGUGCCCCUUUAUCACCCGAGCUCCGAAAGCCAGGUCCCCCACUGUCCCCUGAAAUUCGGAAGGCAGUUCCCCCAUUGUCCCCUGACCUUCGUAAGUCAGGACUUCCAGUAUUAUCUGAGCUCCGUAAGUCAGGUCCUCCAUUGUCCCCUGAGCUCCGAAAAUCAGGCCCUUCAAUGUCUCCUGACCACCAAAAGUCUUCAGUAUCACCAGAACUCUGGAAGGUUUCUUCUGAUCAGUGGAAACCUUCUAUUUCUGGAGAGUCUUGGAAAGCUUCUAAUGAUUUUACUGAAUCCCAGAAGACUCCUGGGUCUCCAGAUGUCUGGAAGUCUUCCUUUUUUCUUGAACCUCAGAAACCUGUCUUCCCUGAAUCCCGGAAACCUGGUUCAUCUGAAUCUCUUAAAUUGGCUUCUGAGACCCGAAAACCUACUAUUUCUGGUGAUGUUGACCACCGAAAAUCUACCCUUUUCUCUGAGUCCCCCAAAAGCAUAUCUUCUGAGUCGCGGAAACGGGCUCUCUUCCCAGAAUCAAGGAAACAUACCCCUUUUCCUGAGCUUCACAAAUCUGUUGCUAUUUACCCUGAAUCUCAGAAGUUAGUUGAAUCUAGUGAGUUUGAUGUCCAGACAGAGACCAUGGAAGAUGAAAAAGAUGAUAUUUUGACUCAGGAAGAUGCAUUAUAUUCUUGUCAAAAGAAGUUCAAGAAAGAUAACCCAGACAACUCUGACACAGAACUUAGUAGUAGUGAAUGUGGAAAAGCAGAUUUAGAUUUCCUAGAUCUAAAGGGCCAGGAAUCCAACAGUGAUCAAGAGCAAGUUGAUGUGGAAUCAGUUGAUUUCAGUAAGGAAAAAAUGGAUGCUACUGAUCAGCCAAAAAGCAUCCUGCAGUUUACAGAUGAGAAGGAGGCUUUUAUCUCUGAAGAGGAGAUAGCAAAAUAUAUGAAGCGAGGAAAAGGAAAAUAUUUUUGCAAGAUCUGUUGCUGUCGUGCUAUGAAAAAAGGUGCUGUUUUGCAUCAUUUAGUUAAUAAGCAUAAUGUUCAUAGCCCAUAUAAAUGCACAAUAUGUGGAAAGGCUUUUCUUUUGGAAUCUCUUCUUAAAAAUCAUGUUGCAGCUCAUGGGCAAAGUUUACUUAAGUGUCCCCGUUGUAAUUUUGAAUCAAAUUUCCCAAGAGGCUUUAAGAAACAUUUAACUCAUUGUCAAAACCGCCACAAUGAAGAAGCUAAUAAGAAGCUUAUGGAAACUAUUGAGCCUCCUCCCCCACCCCCACCCCCACCUCCCCCUCCACCACCUCCCCCUCCUCCUCCCCCUGAAGAGCAAACCUAAUUUUGAAAAUUAUGUAUAAUAUACUUCCAAAAUUUGUUGAUUAAGAAUAACCCUUGAAAGUGUUGCUCUUUUAGCCAGUUAUGUAGUUUAGUUUGAAUAAGUAGAAGUAAAGAGUUGAAAAGGUUGUAUGAUGUUUAGUUUGUGUCAGUAGUAGUAUAGAAAAGAAACUUUUCAGGAUUUUUAGAGUAUCUGUUCAUGUGCCUAUCUUACAAUUCAAUAAAUUCAUACUGGAUAUUCCAGAUGGGUUGAAUUUCUUCUCUGUGUAUAAUACAUCUUGAAAGGUUAUAUACAUUCCAUUUAAUUAUAACUUUUACACAUAUUCUUAGAUAUGCAAUGAAAUUUAUCUUUUUUGUGAAACUAAGUUCAAAUUGAGAGGCAGCAUACUAUGAGUGAGUAGAGAGAGCUGGCCUUGGAGUCAGGAAGAUGUUCAAGUCCCACAUCUUUACACAUUCUAGUAUUGUGAUCCUGGGCAAGUCAUAGCAGCCUCCCAAUGCCUCCAGGCAACAAUGAGACUUAAUUGUAGAACAGUUCCUUUGUAGAGCUGCUUUGGUAGAGCUGAGUAUCUUUGCCUCAUAAAAUCACAAGUCUGGACCAAAAAAAUAAUCCUUUAAAAAAUUUAGGUGGCUUAAUAAUGACAGUGUUUAUGAAUUAUGAUUCAUAAUAAUGAGUUAUUAGGGGAAAAUGCCCCAGCUAUCUUUUUUUCCUUCAAAAGCAGUUUUAUUUCUUAAAUCAUUUGGAAUAUCUUUUUUGCUUUAAUUGUUUUUUUCACAGAUCUAAGUCAUUUUGAAAUUUGGGAAUUUAAUAACACAGAAGGUAAAUUGGCAUUAUUUGUAAGUCUUGAACCAUUUCUAAAGUACUGAUUAGAUUUUUUUCUUUUAUAUGUUUUGGAAAAUUUUUAAAUUUUUAUUGAUAUGAUAUAUUAGAAAUAGAAGUCUAUAAAAGAGCAACAGCAGUGUACAAUAUUAUAUAUCAUAUUCCUCCAUUAGAAUGUAAGCUCUUUGUGAGCAGGAAUUUUUUUACUUUUGUCUUUGUAUCCUCAUUGCCUUGCACAUAGGCGCUUAAUAAAUGCUUGUUGGAUUGGAUUGGAAUUUUAGGUUUGUGGGAAAUAUGAUUUAUUUUUAUUUUCUGUUAUCCUUAAGGAAUUUUUACUCCUGUUCACUCCCCUGAUCCUAAGAAGUGAUAAUUAGAACACAGGAAGAGUGGAAGAUACUGGGAAACUUAACCUGGUCCCAUACUGCAAUUGACAACCCUGUUAGUAUGAGUUAGCAAGGGAAUAAGUGAAAUUAGAUUUGGGGAACUGAUAGAGAGAAAAUGGUAUAAUAGUAUAUGAGAUAAUAAAUAUCUACCAAAUCUAGAAGCAUCCCUCUCAAAAACAAAACAAAACCCAUCAUUUAACAAUUCUAUACUCUCUUGUUAUUUUACGCCAUGAUUUUUGUCUCCUCAUAUGGUACUUCUACUACAAAUGAGAUUUUGUUUCUAAAUUUGAUUAAAUUUGCAAACAUCAUGGAGAAUUACUCCAAAGAAGUGAGGAACACAAAUUCUAAAGAGAAGGUAAAUUUGGAAGAAUGUAAGCAAAAUUUGCAAGAGCAUGAAUUUUAUGUAAACCAAAAUGACUGACCUUGAAGAAAAGGUCCACAAACAUUACUUUACUGAGAUAUAGAUCUAGAAAAGCAGGACAAAAAACUUAAUACAAUUCUUAAGAAAAUUUUAAAAAGUCAGAUUACUGGAAUAGAGACAGCAAGGAAUUGAUUAAGCAGAUCCAUAGAUCACUGUCAGAAAAAACGUCACACUUCAAAUUCCAAGAUAUUUGAUGGUUAAGUGUAACGUUUUCAGUAACAAAUUUUAUAAGCAUUGUGGAGGACUUUCAAGUACAAAAGAAAGGUAUCACAGAGAACAAAAGACCAAUGGGCAACCCAAAUCAAUCUUGCAAAGUUGAACCCAAUCAUCAAGGGAAAAAGGUACUUCAAUGAAAAGAAUUUAAACUUCAAAUCCCGGAGGUGAACAGAUAAUUUUAUUUUAAAUACCCCAGAACUCAAGAAAGGCAAAUUGAGUAAGAGAAGAUGAAUAAAAAAUGUCAUCUAUAUAGGCUAUUUAAAAGCAUUGAACUGUGGGUAAAAGUAGUUCCUGAAGGGACAUCUCAAGAGGAACUUGAUUGAGAGAUUAGAAGGAAGAAAAGAUGUAUUAAUACUCCAUGGAGUAGUCCUUGUUCUCUUAAAAAAAUUAGUAUUGUAUAUUGUACCAUAUAAUGAUAGAAAAUUGGGCAGGUGAUUAAAAGGGAUGUAAGAGAUAGUAAAUAAAUGAUGUAGUCCAUCACAUGUUGGUAAUGAUAAUUUCUUUAGCUUCUGCCAAAAAGGGGCCUAUGGAAGAAUGAGACAAAAAGAAAUGGCUAGGAAGGAUUGAUAGAGAGUUGAAGGUUUUUGGCUAACAUUCCUAUUGGGAAAGGAGAUAACAUUCUUGGGAUCUUAUAAAGGAUUGUGUGGGAAGACAUUUUGAGAGACAUUUUCUAACAAAAUGCUAAGGACUAGAACUUAAUCUUCCCACCCCCGAAGAGGAAAAGUAUGAGUUCCUCAAAGAACUCAACUACCCAGAGGUUUGGUGGGUAAUAUGAUAACAUGGUUUGAGGAAUGGAGUAUCAUUGUUUACUAUGCUUAUACUAUGUGUAUUGGGUCCAUCUUCUAUUUCAAAGAACAUAAUGGAUAAAGUACCCAUUAUGUAAUGGAUGUUAAAUGUGAAAUAAUAAGUUAUCAGAACUGGAGUUAAAAAUGAUCUUGACCCCAAUCUUGCUUGUGACCCCAACUGGUUGUUUGACUCUAGGUGUCAGUCUCGAUAUUGGAGGUAACUCUUUUUUAAGUUACUUAACAAAUGUUGGGCUAUGUUAAUAAGUAAUAUCUUUGUUAGGAAUUUUAUCCACUGAAAUCAAGUAGAUUUUAACAGAUAUAUCAAACAAGUGGGAGUUCAAAUUUCUGAAUAAGAAAAGAAAAAAUGAGUAUAAAAUAAAGGAAAAGUUGAAAAAGGACAUAGCAAAAGAAUGUUAACUGAAAAGUUUAGAGGGGAGAGAUUGUGGACUACCCGUGAAUAGAUUAGUGUCAGAAGAAGAGUAAAUGAGAAAUGAAUCAUUUAAAUAAAAAGAAACAAUACCACAAAACAACUUGCAGGAAUAUACUAGUUAUCAACAUAUGAAAUUAUUCAUAGGAAUAGCAUUGACUUACAAGAAAAUGGAGGAAAGUAUAAGCUUAACACACUGAUAUAAAUGUGAACGGAUCAAACAUUUCAAUGAAAUGAAUGACAAGAUGUUGGGAAAAAAAAACCAAAUCCAAAGAUUUGCAAUAUGCAAGGAAUACAUCUUUAGGGGGAAAAAAUAGAUUAUUGCAUACUAAACAAAGAGGCUGGAACAAAAUUUUCCAUAUAUCAGAUUGUUCUAAAAAGAAAAAAAAAAAAAAGGAGCUACAAUUAUGCUGUCAAAGUGAAAAUAAUUAGAAUUAAGAGAGAAAAACAGGGAACCAUGUUUAAAGGAAAUCUGGACUGUGAACCAUUAUCAGUACUAAACAUCUGAUAGCAACGUAACCUCUAUGUACCUAAAGGAAAUUAAAGUGCAUCAGAAAAUACCAACAGUCACAUGGUAUUCAUGAAAUUUUAAUGCUACUUUCUCAGAACUUGGCAAAUCCAACAUAAAAAGGAAAAACAAAUGAACAAACUUCUGGAGAAGCUAUAUCCGAAGUAAUUGUUAUAUUUUCUGAAUGACAUUAUUAAAGAAUAUGCCUCUUUCCCCCAUAUUAGUCAUGUUGUAUAAGAAGAAACAGAACACAAGAAAAUAAAGUGGAAGAAUGCUUUAAUCUGUAUUAAUACCUCAACAAUUCUUUCUUUGAUUUUCCAUCAUGAGUCUUUUGAAGUUGUCUUGGGUCAUUGAAGAAUAUAUCUAUUUCUAAGCAUCACAUAAAAUAAGUGGUAUAGUGUAUAGAACGCUAGACUUAAAAGUUUUAAGAUCUGAGAUUGAAUGCUGUCUCAGACAUUUAGUAAAUGUAUGGUCUUAGGCUAGUCAGUUAUCCUUUGUGUGCUUCAAGCUCCUUAUCUGUAAAAUUUUAAUAAUAGCAUCUUUUCACUGUGAGGAUAAGAUGAGAUAAUGUGUAAAUACUAUGCAAAUCUUAAAGUGCUACUAUGUAAGUUACAGUUUUCAGAACACAGAAACAUUAAGCUUUUUAAAAUAGCUAAUAAUAAAGGCAUAUUUAAAAAUCACUUGCAGUAAAAGAAUAGAAGCAACAUAAAUGUAAAUGGAGACUAAGUGAUAUACUAAAUAAAUGGUUAAAGAACAAAUAAAAAAUAAUACUAUUCUGAUAAGAGAAUUAUAACGAUGAGACAAUAUGAAAGUUUGUUGGAUGAAGAUUAGUCUUUGGAGGAAAAAUUAUAUCUGAAAAAAUGAUUUAAAAAAUAUUAAAGAAGAGAGUAUGUAAUUUUAAAAUAACCUAGAAAAUGAGGAAACAAAAUUAAGACAAAAAAGGGACAUUUGAAAAAUAGAGGAGAAAUAGGUAGAUAGAAAACAUAGCAAUGAUUAAACCUAAAAAUUAGUUAUUUGAAAAUACUCAAAUUUUUGAUUUAUCAAUUUAAAAGUUCUUUCCAAUGAUGCUGGUUCUUGUCCCAUCUUCCUUGGCUGUCAGCCAUGAUUUGUCAAAAGUUGAAACUUCCAGGCAUCUAACCACUGUAUUUAAUUCCUUCCUCACAUCUCAUAAGCUUCAGGAUAACAGUAGGUUACUCUUAACAUCUAUAUAUCAUCCCUUCAUUUAACCACAUGACUAAUUCAUCUUUCCUUUACAUUAUACAGUUCUUUGAUUAUGUCCUUUAAUCCCAUAAAAAGUUAAAAAAAAAAAAAAAGACUAGCAAUUGAUUAAAC